GACAAAGAGGCAGGACAGAGAGUAGGUGUAAGGUGCAUCGAUCGCUUCCCGGCGGAGCCUACUGUGAGGCCACAGAGCUCGAUCAACUUUCGUGAUCUUGGAAACCAUCAGACGUAAUAGGGGACGAGAGAGGGAGAGCGGGAGGGAUGGCGGCAACGGCGACGAGGACGCUUCAGGAGAUGAGGGAUAUCGUGAACAACGACAUGCCGCAGAUAUACGACAGGACGGCCGGCGUGGACGACGUCCGCGAGGUGUUAGAGCUGGAAGCUGCCAUGGAGAUGGAGUGUGAACGCCGCGAGAUGGACGCAAGGGCCAUGAUCCGCGACACGAUCGACCUGCUAGAACAACGGCAUCGGGCGAUCGUUGAGCCAUCGGAGCAGGCGUUUGUGGCCAGGGUCCGGGAGGUCGAGCACGAGCGCGCUCAGGCAGCGUCUCACAUCCAGGAGCAGGCGGAGGAGGCGGCGGCGCGGGAGAGAGACAUCGAGCGAAUGCAGGGCGAGGUGGAAGACACCCAGACGGAGAUCGAGAACACCGUGGACGCCCACACCAUGGAGAUGCCCCGCGUGCAGAACGCCAUCGGGCUCUACACCAACAUAACUCGCAUCAAGUGGAACUACGAGACGGAGGGGGAGAUCAUGGCCGGCUGGCUCGUUCCGCCGGAGGCCGGGGUGGGCAUGAGGGGUGCCAACGGGACGGCGGUUGUCGAGGGGUUUCAGUUUGACGCGGCGGGGAAGGACGAUUUCGAGGUCGCGAACAAGCUCUGGGAUGUCAUCGACGGCAAGGCGCGCGCCAUGGUUGAGGCAUAAGUAGGUUUUCCCCCCGCCCGCACGGCUGCUGUGUUCGAUCGUACGGCGAGGAGGCGUUUUUUUUUACGUGGUCAUGGUGGUGUGGGUUGUUCGUUGGUUGGGCUAUCGGUUGCUGCGCACGAGUAGGAAGUGUAUAGUAGUAGGAACGGAGUGCUGUGGUGCUGUGUGUGGUAUGUAGGUCGCGUGGUUCGUAGCGGGAAAGCCCGUUGUGUUGCGAUAUGGCUCUUGGUUAUAGCGCUGUCUGGUAGAAGCGUGCUGGGUAUCUCCAGGCGGGAAGAGCAGUGUUGACAUUCGAACACCACAUUUAUGUGACGGGCUAAGACGAUGCCGUGCACGAAGGUGAGGGGUUGCUGUCUGGAGUAGUUUCGCAUGGUCUAUCGUUUUUUCCCCAAGCCCUUUUCAGAAAGUUAUGCAUGGUACAUUUACUGAGUAUGUAGGCUAUCUGAAUCCGGUACGUGAUGUACUGUAUGUUAGAAACUCCAUCCGAAGUAAGCCGUUUUUGCAUGUUUGUAUCCACUCUCCCGUAAGUUACGUAGACGAAGAAAUCAGGGAUAACUCGUUGAACAAUAGUCUACAAGCGACGAAACACACGCGACGUAUGUGCAGCCUGGUGGUUUUCCAAAAAAAUAUGCGGUCUGUGAGGC